CAAGCUUUGGCUCAUCCCGCCCCGAACACCGCUUGGCUCGCGGUUUGCCGCGCCAUGGUGGUCCCACCCUUGAGCCAAGCAGUUUUGUCGCUGACAUGUGCCUUCAUGGCCCUCUCCUUCGUGAGCCUGUUCAUGAUGAGCUUCGCCAAGAAAAGCACUCCGGUCACCACGAACUUUCACAAGAUCGCGCUUCUGGUCACUGGGAUCGCGGGCGUGGCAUAUCUCUGCAUGGCCUUGGGGAUCGGCAUCAAAGAGGAGGCAGAUGGCUCUCGGGUUUACUGGAUUCGCUAUGUGGAUUGGACCCUCACCACGCCCUUGAUGCUCAUCGAGCUGGGCAUUCUGGCGAACGCCCACCGUGCACAGACCUGGACCUUGAUUGCCAUUGACGAGUUCAUGUUGGCCUUUGGGAUUAUGUCCUCCCUUUCUGUCCAAGGAAAAUGGCCCCUCUUUAUGGCCGGGCUGCUGUGCUUCUCGGUGGUGGGCACCAAGCUUUUUACCUCCCUUCAGAAGCAGGCCAAUGCGCUAGGAGGUGAAGCACAGAUUCUAUUCAACUUCGUGGCCAAUCGAACCGCGGAGAUCUGGUGCAUGUACCCCGUGAUGUUCGCGUUGUGCGAAUGCACCAAGACCUUUCCGGAAGAGAUCGAGAUCGCGGGCUAUGCCAUCGCCGAUGUCUUCGCCAAGUGUGGGAUCCCCAUGAUGGCGUGGGUCUCCAGCAUGUCCAGCGCGAAGCUCUCCUUAGUCUCUGAGCAGGCCGAGGCUUUGCCUGACACGCCUGAAGGGCCUGAGACUGCUUGAAAGGGAUGCCGUUUUCGACAGGAAGGGCUGGAGAGUCGACAGGAGUGGGAGAAGUAGCCUAUGCACUCUUGGGAAGGAGCCCUCUUGCAUCCUCUUACGAACGCCAAUGAUAGGUCGCCAUGGAAUUCACCUUGGUGACAGAUGGUUUGCACGAGCCUGGCUCCUGUGGCACUCGAGUUUCUUUCGCCGGUUGGGGCGCUUGAAGUGCCUUAAACACCCUUGGGUGGCUUGUUGCAACCCCAACCAUCGAUAGGAUCAGACCUUUGGAUCCUGAUGACUUGGCCAUGCUGUCCCAUUCCGCGGCUCGCGCAAUGGGCCGUGUGCCCCACCGCAAGGAGAAGCCACCAGUUUAGGUGAAGUCUGUGGUGACCCAGCCCUUUCUGUCCCGCAAUUUGGAAACUCUGGCAGCUGAAAUCGCUGUCGAGUCAGCAUCCAUGCCCGUGGAUCUCGUGACCCGAAUUGGAUGUUUGCGUGGCAUGCUGAAGUGCCAAGAGCAACACGCCAAAGAACCCCCCCUUGGCACAGCUACAAGACUCCAGCAAGAGG